GCAAUUUCAUAUUUUUAUUCGAUAUGGUGAUGCUGAUGAAUUUAACCAUAAGGCACAUGAUGGGAACUGUGGUGACAAAUUAUGAUGUUCGGUUUAUAUCGAUCGUAGCAACUUUGAUGGGAAUUUUUACCUAUCUGUGCAUUUUACUCAAUGGAAUGAACCGUUGCGAGCAAUGUUAUCGAGAAAGUGAGAAAAUCAUUAAAUUGAUCGACGAUUUGAUUAUAAAUAAGAAAACUGGUAACGAAGAACGUGAUUCCCUCAAGGACCUGAAGUGUCUCAUCAUCACCAGACCUGUCAAGUUCAAAGCCAUGAACUUCUACCGUCUGGAUUACCCUUGCUUCGUCUCUGUGGCUUCUGUUAUUAUCACCUAUACCAUUAUUCUGUUGCAGAGUUUAAAUAGACAGGAACGGAGUCGAGCAGGCUGUGGUGCCGAGCAGAAGGCAGAAGGCACGAAGCGGCGGCUAGCGGAGCGGUACGGCGCGGCGGGUAGAGUAGACAAAGACUGA